UAAAAGUGCCGUCGGAAAACACGAGGUUCCUUUCUUUCAUUUUCGUCUUUCCUUUAAAUUUUAUGUAAGAGCCUCAGCUCAGGUAUAAUAUGCUGGGCAACCCACUGGUACCAGUACCAGAGGAAAUUUUGAAGCGUCCUAGAAGCAAACGUAGUAGCACCCUCUCGAAUCAUGCACAACAUGCUUGCAGUCGCAACAUCGAGGAAGUUGCAAAGAGUACGUCAAAGCGGAUACUGCAGUAUGAGAAUCAGAUGCAGGAAUUCAGCAUCAAACUCACAGAGAACUUGAGCAAUUUUCGAGCUAUGGACAACUUGAUGCAUGACUCCCUCGAUAAAAUAAAGAGAGAUACACAGCGUACCAAUCACGCACUCGAAGAACAUAUACCUCGCAUUCACGAGGACCUUCAUCACUCUCUUGUCUCCUUGGAAGAACUAUCACAGACCCUUCCAGAAAUUCGAUCACAUGUGGCUGAUAUCCGACGUAUAUACGAUUCUGGUCGAGAGAAAGCCAAGAAUCUCGUGAAAGACCUCAAUUGGCUUAACACUGAGUGGCAUGAGCGUUGGCGAGUCAUCGUCUUCACGAAUCACUCCCCGGUUUCGUGGUGGUGGACGGUCACAAUGCGCGUCUUGUUUGCUGUUACUUUCAUAACUUUUGCUUGGAUUGCUUGGGUGGCAAUUGCGGGUGCCUAUAAAGCUCACAGACAACGGCUUGUCUGGGGGGAAAGGCUUAUGUCCUAGAUUCGUGCUACUGCCGGACGAGUCUUCCGUAUACUAAUUUUAAAUUGUAAGCAAGUAUUCAAAUUGCCACACUAGCUAGUCUUUCUUGGUGACUUGCCAUCUAAUCUGUAGCAUUGUGUGUAAGAGUGAUGCG